AGGGAUAUUAUAUACUGUUGUGUUAUCGCAGUGUGCGGUCCCACAUGUCUAAUGAUAAAGCCGAUAACGCAUAAAAACAUGAACUACUGAGACAAAGCCCGCCAACUCUCAGAGUCCGUCAGUCCACUUCAUGAUGCUUUCAACAGUUAUUAUCGCAUUCCUGGUUGAUCAGAUUAAUGAAUCACAAGGUUUUCUCUUCACAAUUAGCAAAAACAAUCCUCUAGGAUCAUGUUCGCCGAAUUUCCUCUGUCCUCCGAUGUGUCUUCAAAAAACUGCUUCCGGUUGUAAAUGUGACUGUGGUAACAUGGAUCCGUCACACCCUGAGAAGCUUGGUACCAACGUAAAUCAGCAGCCUCAAUCUGGAGGCUAUGGAACACAGAUCGGUGUAGGUUGCAGCAGUAACUGGAUGAAUUGUCGGGCUCCCUGUGCCACAGCUGUCAAUCCCACAUCCGGGUGUGUAGAAUGCAACUGCCCUCAAGUCACAACGCCACGUCCUUUAACAACGCAGCCACACCAUAGCACAACAUCUUAUAGAAGUACACACCCGACGCAAACGUCAACGUCAUCAACUAUGACAUCAAUCGUGACGACACAAACACCUACCACUAACUCACAGUCAUCUUCCUCGAAACGCACGCAACCGGCGUCCACACAAUCAUUAUCAACCAGCAACACGCCGUCGGCAUCGUCUACCUCAGUUUUCACCACGUCAUCCACAACGGUAAAUUCCUGCCAAAACACUAUCACGUGCAUCCUUAGCUGUACAAAUGGUUUUGUUAUAGAUCCCACGCCCGCCCCUGAUGGUUGCCCUGGUUGUUCGUGUAAAACAGCUCAGACGGCAUUGACGACAAACACUCCUAACACAUCGAUGUUUAAGACUGUCAGUUUCCCUGUGCGUUACACGAUUUCACCAUCCGUGACCACGCCUACAACCCCUACACGCCCACCCAGCACGACACUGCAUAAAAUCGUAUGCCCGGGAGUUUUUAAUUGUUCCAAGACUUGUUACACUGGGUACCGUCUCAAUUCACAAGGAUGUCCUCUAUGUGAGUGCGCGCCAUUGCCAACCGGUUUGCCAUGAACAUUGAGUUUGUAAUAAUAAAGAUUCUUAAAAUAAUAAAGAUUCUUAAAAUCCA